CAGCGCCGGCGCGCGCCUGGCUGGGCCCUGUGGGGCGGGAGGGAAGCAGCUCUGGAGCGAGAACCGCGGCCGUCGCCCAGAGCCUAGAGCCGCGCCGCCCGCCGCCCUCCUGCCCGCUCCGCGCCGCUCCGCGCCGGCCCGCUCGUUCGCGCUCCAGUUGCCGUGUCCUGCAGCGGGGGCCCAGCAUGGUCAUGGCGGAUGGCCCGAGGCACUUGCAGCGCGGGCCGGUCCGGGUGGGGUUCUACGACAUCGAGGGCACGCUGGGCAAGGGCAACUUCGCCGUGGUGAAGCUGGGGCGGCACCGGAUCACCAAGACGGAGGUGGCUAUAAAAAUAAUAGAUAAAUCUCAGCUGGAUGCAGUAAACCUUGAGAAAAUCUACCGAGAAGUACAAAUAAUGAAAAUGCUUGAUCAUCCUCACAUAAUCAAACUUUAUCAGGUAAUGGAGACCAAAAGUAUGCUGUAUCUUGUGACAGAAUACGCGAAAAACGGAGAAAUUUUUGAUUAUCUUGCUAAUCAUGGCCGGUUAAAUGAAUCUGAAGCCAGGAGAAAAUUCUGGCAAAUUCUGUCUGCUGUUGAUUAUUGCCAUGACCGGAAGAUUGUGCACCGUGACCUGAAGGCUGAAAAUCUCCUGCUGGAUAACAACAUGAAUAUCAAAAUAGCAGAUUUCGGUUUUGGAAAUUUCUUUAAAACUGGUGAACUGCUGGCAACAUGGUGUGGCAGUCCCCCUUAUGCGGCCCCAGAAGUCUUUGAAGGGCAGCACUAUGAAGGACCACAGCUGGACAUAUGGAGCAUGGGAGUUGUUCUUUAUGUCCUUGUCUGUGGAGCUCUGCCUUUUGAUGGACCAACUCUCCCUAUUUUGAGGCAGAGGGUUUUGGAAGGAAGAUUCCGGAUUCCAUAUUUCAUGUCAGAAGAGUGUGAACACCUUAUUAGAAGGAUGUUGGUCCUAGAUCCUUCCAAACGGCUAAGCAUAGCUCAAAUCAAGGAGCACAAGUGGAUGCUCAUAGAAGUUCCUGUGCAAAGACCUAUUCUCUAUCCACAAGAACAAGAAAAUGAGCCGUCCAUCGGAGAAUUUAAUGAGCAGGUUCUGCGAUUGAUGCACAGCCUUGGAAUUGAUCAGCAGAAAACAAUUGAGUCUUUGCAAAACAAGAGCUAUAAUCACUUUGCUGCCAUUUAUUUCUUGUUGGUGGAACGUCUGAAAUCACAUAGGAGCAGUUUUCCUGUGGAGCAGAGACUUGAUGGCCGCCAGCGCCGGCCUAGCACCAUUGCGGAACAAACUGUUGCCAAGGCACAAACUGUGGGGCUCCCAGUGACCUUGCACUCACCGAACGUGAGACUGAUGCGAUCUACCCUCCUCCCACAGGCAGCCAAUGUGGAGGCCUUUUCAUUUCCAACAUCCAGCUGUCAAGCAGAAGCUGCCUUUAUGGAGGAAGAGUGUGUGGAUACUCCUAAGGUGAAUGGCUGUCUGCUUGACCCUGUGCCCCCUGUCCUGGUGAGGAAGGGAUGCCAGUCACUGCCCAGCAAUAUGAUGGAGACCUCCAUUGAUGAAGGAUUAGAGACAGAAGGAGAGGAAGAUCCCAGUCAGGCCUUUGAAGCUUUCCAGGCCACACGGAGUGGGCAGCGACGGCACACUCUGUCAGAAGUGACUAACCAAUUGGUUGUGAUGCCUGGGGCAGGGAAAAUUUUCUCUAUGAGUGACAACCCCUCCCUUGACAGUGUGGACUCUGAGUACGAUAUGGGGUCUGCUCAGAGGGACAUGAACUUUCUGGAAGACAGCCCUUCCCUGAAGGACAUCAUGUUAGCUAAUCAGCCUUCACCCCGUAUGACAUCUCCUUUCAUAAGCCUCAGACCUACCAACCCAGCCAUGCAGGCUCUAAGCUCACAGAAACGUGAGGUCCACAAUCGGUCCCCUGUGAGCUUCCGAGAAGGCCGCAGAGCAUCAGACACUUCCCUUACCCAAGGAAUUGUAGCGUUUAGACAACAUCUUCAGAAUCUUGCUAGAACCAAAGGAAUUCUGGAGUUGAACAAAGUACAGUUGCUCUAUGAACAAAUAGGGCCAGAGGCAGACCCUAACUUAACAUCAGCUGCUCCUCAGCUCCAAGACCUCUCUAGCAGCUGCCCUCAGGAGGAAGUCUCUCAGCAGCAAGAAGGUGUCUCCACACUCUCUGCCAGCAUGCAUCCUCAACUUUCUCCACAGCAGAGCUUAGAAACCCAGUACCUACAGCAUCGACUCCAGAAGCCCAAUCUUCUGCCAAAGGCCCAGAAUACUUGUCCAAUAUAUUGUAAAGAACCACCUCGGAGCCUGGAACAGCAGCUACAGGAACAUAGGCUCCAACAGAAGCGCCUCUUCCUCCAGAAGCAGUCUCAGCUGCAAGCGUAUUUCAAUCAGAUGCAGAUAGCAGAGAGCACCUACCCUCGACCAAGUCAGCAGCUGGCUCUUCCCCACCAGGAGACUCCACCGCCAUCCCAGCAGCCCCCACCAUUCAGCCUAAGCCAGCCCCUGAGCCCAGUCCUCGAGCCCUCUUCUGAGCAGAUGCAAUUUAGCCCUUUCCUCAGCCAGUACCGGGAGAUGCAGUUGCAGCCCCUGCCCUCCGCACCCAGCCCCCGGGCUCCCCAUCCCUUACCCUCACAAUUGCAGCAGCCACCCCCACCACCCCCUCCUCCUCCACCUCAGCAGCCAGGAGCUGCUCCAGCCCCCUUACAGUUCUCCUAUCAGACUUGUGAGCUACCAAGCACCACCUCUUCUGCACCAGACUAUCCUGCUCCCUGUCACUAUCCGGUAGAUGGAGCCCAGCAGGGCAACCUCACAGGCGCAGACUGUCCCAGGAGCUCAGGACUUCCGGAGACCCCAUCCAGCUACGACCCACUGGCCCUCUCUGAGCUCCCUGGACUCUUUGAUUGUGAAAUGCUAGAAGCUGUGGAUCCACAACACAAUGGAGUGGCUUGUCCUAUCAGCAGAUGAAUUCACUAAGCACAAAGCGUCUUCCUUAAAGCACAAGAAGAGAGCGCUACCGCACUGAUGCUGCAUCUAGAAACACCUAUAAGUUGCCUUUCCUCUCUGUAGUAAGUGUCCAGGCAGGCAAGGGAAGACUAGGCAUGGGAAGUCUACGGAGAGCCAUCCUGGCCACCAGCCCAGCCCUGCCCGUGGCGGUGAUUCCAGUGUCUUUGAGGCUGGCCAGAGACUGUAGUU